UCGCUCGUGUGUUUGUGGUUGUCUCUCCUCGCUAGUAAAAUCGUAACCAAUACUAUUUUUUCCUUUUGUAAACGAAAAACGCGUGUAGAAAAGUGAAUUUUCCAAGCGCAACUGCGCUUUGUUCCGUACCGUGUGUCGCGCCGCAUUGUCUUUAGUGUUCGAGUUCGCCCCGGGGCCACCAAGUGCGCAGCGAGCCACGAGCCGCGUAAUGGUGUCGAAAAACCAAUUUCAGCAACAGCACCAGCAAAACUGGGGGAUGCAGCAGUACCCCCAGCAACAGCAGCAGUUCCAACAGCAGCAGCAGUACUACCAACAGCAACAGCAAAGUCCCCAGCAGCAGCGGCAGAACAAUGCCCGCAACGCCGCCGCUCCAUACAGAAAACCCUUCCGUCCGGGGAACAACAACAACAGCAAUAACAACCAUAAUACCAACAAUAACGGCGGAGGAGGACCUGGCAACAAUGGCAAUGGGAACGGGAACAAUGGUAACAGCAACAGCGGGGGCCAGAUGAUGUACAACUCGUGCCAGAUGCCCGAUCCGCUGUACAUUGACUUCAACAGCCCUGGCCCAGGAGCAGGCAACAAGAACCAGAACCACCACAUGGGCAACUCCAACGAGAGUCCCAAGAAGAAGCCACUGAAGGGCAACAAGCAGCAGCAGCAGCAGCAGUUCCAGCAGCAGGGCAAGAAUAAUCAAAGCAACCAAAACAAGCAGCAGCAAUUCAACAACCAGAUGAACGGCCACAACAACAGCAACAACCACAACGGUGGCGGUGGCGGUGGCGUUGGGGACUGGCAGCAAAAGCAGCGCUUUCCGGGCCCGAUACAGCAGCAAAUGAGCCCCAACCGUGGCGGCGGCUUCAACGGCAGUUUCCAACGGGGACCCCCGCCAAACAGGCCACCCGGACGCCAUAUGAUGCCGCCAAUGGGUCCAAUGGGGCCAAUGGGGCCAGGACCACGCGGCGGGCUCGGACCGAUGCCCCCGUUCCCACCGAUGCCCUUCCAGCCCGGCAUGCCAGGCAUGCGAGGCCCUAUGCCUCCAAUGGGUGGACCGCCGCCGCUGCCGCCACAACACUUCAUGAGGGGCCCGCGGGGACCGCGCCCCGGUGGACCUGGACCCGGCCCUAUGGGACCGAUGGGUGGCCCUCCUCCACCGCCAAUGCAUAUGAUGGGCCCGCGGAUGCCGCCGCGCAUGCCACCGCCCAACGGACCCUUCAUGGGCCCCAUGAACAUGAACGGCGGGCGGAUCAAGAAGCCCAAUCCCCAGCUGAUAAAGCAGGCGGUUAAGGGCAAGAGCAGCAUUCGGACGCUGAAGAAUCUGAUCAACCAGUACCCCAUCGACAAGCCAUGGGUGACCGAGGAGAUUCGCGAGGAGCAUACCAAGAAAGUGGACAUUGAGAACCGGCUGAAGGGCCACAAGGACGACGACCUGUUCGCGCAGUUCAAGGUGCAGCGCGACAAGUUUGUGGCUCUCUACGAGACGGCCCGGGAGGAGUAUCUCAAGCAGGAGGCGGCCAGCGUCAUGGCGAAGGAUGCCAAAUCAGACAAAGACAAAAACGCAAAUUCAAAUCAGAGCGCCGCCGCCGCCCCUAAGGCCGAAAGCGCUGCUAAAGAUGCUACAAUUCCAAAUCCCUAGGCAGCCAAUGCAAACCCAAAAACGAAAACGAAUCCGUAUCCGAAUCCGAAUCUGAAUCUGAAUCCAAGAACCGAAUCAAAUCAAAUCAAACCGAAUCAAUAUCGAUCGGGUCGACGCACGGAUCCGCACGUCACACGUUCUUUUGCGACUGAGAACUGAGCUUACAAGAAAUACAAAGAAGGGAUAUCCAAUGAGAAAUGUAAUAAUGUUUAUAGCCUUCGGUGAUCGCCACAUCAAUCAGCAUCUGGAUGAUGAUCGAAUGAUCGUGUUUAUGUUAAAUUGUAUCGAUAAAGCUUAACGAUUAUCAUGAUUUUUGUUUAAUGAUAAACUAAACUUGAUAGCGCGACUCACCUUUUUGCUAACGAUGAUUGUUAAAUGUGACGUAACGUAACGUAACGUACUUUAGAGUAACAUAAUAAAUUGUAUUAAUAUUAAACCUAAUCGUAACGUAAAGAAGGAGAGAGGCGUUGUUUAAAUCGCUGUAUCCCCACUCAAAGAUCAUAUUUUACCCAGCCCAAGCUGAUGCAAUAUCUAUACUUGAUUUGUACACAAUACCUUAUACGCUCUUAGCUACAUAUAUGCCUAUAUAAAUUUAUAUAAAUAAUUAUAUGAUUAUUAUUAAA